CCAGAGAGGGCGCGCCCGUAGACGUUGCUUCUCAGGCUUCAAGAUGGCGGAAGCCCUGACAACUCAAGAGGAGGUGGCGGUGGAGGAGUUCCUGGCCGAGCUGAGGUGUCUGGAACAGUCUCAAAAUGCAGAUCUUGUCAGUCAGAUUACAGCGGUUAAGUUUCUUAUGGCACGAAAGUUUGAUGUCUCCAGAGCCAUAGACCUCUUCCAGGCUUACAAGAACACCAGAAUAAAGGAGGGCAUCUACAAUAUUAACCCAAAUGAGGAGCCUUUAAGGAGCGAGUUACUAAGUGGGAAGUUCACAGUUUUGCCGGGUCGUGAUGCUAAAGGUGCAGCUUUAGCGCUAUUUACAGCGCGCCUCCAUCGACCGGAACUCACUACUCAUAAGGCUGUUCUUCAGGCCAUUAUAUAUCAGCUGGACAAGGCCAUUGAGAGUGUUCAGACACAGAGAGAUGGGCUUAUUUUCAUCUAUGAUAUGACAAACUCCACAUAUGCCAACUUUGACUAUGAGCUUUGCGUCAAGAUUUUGAAUCUGCUUAAAGGGGCUUUCCCUGCUCGGUUGAAAUGUGUCUUCAUUGUGUCAUCUCCGCUGUGGUUCAGAGCACCUUUUGCAGUACUGCGUCUGUUUGUGAGGGAGAAACUGAGAGAGAGGGUGUGCACUGUAAAAGCACACGAACUGGUCAAUCACAUCCCUGUCAGCUCCCUUCCAGAACAUUUGGGUGGCUCGUCACAGUACAGUCACAUUGCCUGGAUCCAGUCCUGCGUCAACUCCAGCACCAACAACCCCAAUAACUCUUCCUAUGUCACUGCCGAUUGCUUGGGCAGCUUGCUUCGCUCUUACUCCAUGGAACACGGCCAGAACACCGAGCACCUAACUGCCAACACUUCAGCCCACACAGGCGCCACCCUCCUGGGGGACGGACUGAACUCCAACUGCCCCAUUUUGGACGAUGGCAAUGCCAACGUGCAGAAUCACAGGACAGUGGGGCAUGAACAUUGGAACGGCUCUAUACUGCCAGGUUCAGGGGGUGUCACAGGGUCAAAUGCCAAUGUGGUCAAUGGGCGUGGUCGCCAGCCACCCCCACAGUCAGAAACGCCCCCAGAUACGCCCCUGCAUCAAAAACACACAGCUGGUGCUAUAGUAGGAGGAGGAGAAGCUACAAUUACAGAAGGAGUGGUGACAUCCCUGAACAUUAGUAGACAGGAUGGCAAUGGUGCUGAGGACAGCCAACAGGAUGUUGAGUUUCUAGAAGAUGAAGUGGAUGCUGAUGGUGUUCCACCUCUCCCACUGAAAUCAAGGCCGCCCCUCCAUCACAGCCCAGUGCCAGAUAUGAGCUGGUUGCCGGGAACAACAGAAACGGCAGUGUUGUCAGUGCACAUAGCUGAGCCAGGAGGAAUGAGCUUGCAGGAUCUAGUGCAGCAUGUAAAACGCAAAAAGAAGAAAGGCAUUUACCAGGAAUAUGAGGAGAUUCGCAAAGAGCCUCCUGCUGGGACAUUUGACUACUCCAAGAAACCCUCCAACCAGAUAAAGAAUCGCUACAGUGAUGUUCUUUGCCUAGACCAGUCACGGGUUCGACUCUGUCCGCUUGAUGAUGAGGACGAUGAGACCUCUGACUACAUCAAUGCAAGUUUCAUGGAUGGUUACAAGAGAACUAAUGCUUACAUCGCUACUCAGGGGCCUUUGCCAAAAACAUUUGGGGACUUUUGGCGAAUGGUGUGGGAGCAAAUGGUUUUAAUCAUUGUUAUGACUACAAGAGUUGUAGAGCGAGGCCGAGUAAAAUGUGGACAAUACUGGCCUUUAGAAGUUGGCCGCACUGAAGAUUAUGGGUACUUUUUGGUGAGAAAUGUCCAUAUUGAGAUGUUUCAAGAUUUUAAGCUGUCACACCUGGAGCUCUUCAACACUCAGACAGGAGAAUGUCGAGAACUAUCUCAUUAUCUCUACGUAAGUUGGCCAGAUUUUGGUGUUCCAAAGUCCGCAUCAGCCAUGUUGGAUUUCCGGGCACACGUGAAGCAGAGACAAGAGACUGCGUUACAAAGACUGUAUCCUGAUUGGACGGGACCACCAGGAGGCCCCCCAGUUGUGGUACACUGCAGUGCAGGCAUUGGUAGAACAGGGACGUUCUGUACUUUAGACAUUUGUCUUUCCCGUCUGGAGGACAUUGGAACAGUGGACGUUAAGCAGACAGUGCGUAGGAUGCGGACGCAGCGUGCUUUCAGCAUCCAGACGUGGGACCAGUACUACUUCUGCUACAAAGCAGUGAUCGAGUACGCCCAACAGAGCGGCCUACUGCAGCCCGUGGAGUGGUCCGAUACAGAGCUGGAAACUGACAGCGAGUGAAUCGGAAAUAACAAAACUCAGGCGAGAGGGAGUGAGAAACACAGAAGGAAAAGAUGUCUUUUUUUCCUCUCUCCUGACCACAGGUAGACUCCAGCGCCUCCUCGAUCAUUCUUUUCUGGUGAGGAGAUAAAGAAGCGGGUUAUUUUUCCUGCCACUUUUCAAGCCAGAGAUUACAGACAGUGGCUUGGUGUACGAGUUGUAGCAUUUUUUUUGUUUGUUUGUUUGUUUGUUUUUAUAAAGACUGACUUGCACAUGUGGAAUGACAAACUUGAAAAAUCCAGUUAAUCGUAUUACCUGAUCUUUUUUGUUACCUGCUCAAAGUAUUAACUCAUCAUGGGUGUAAUUGACGCAAAACUUGAAAUUGUUUUUCCGUCACAUUUGAGAAGCAUAAUGUGUGUUUUUGAACAGGUUCCAACAGUUGGUUUUCAUUAUUUGCGUUCUUCAUCGUUAAACUAACCUUCAAGCCAAAGGUAUGGUGUCGAAUGCUUGGAUGUAUCCGUAAGAUCGUCGUGACUUAAACCCGUGUAUAUUAUGUAACAUACAUUUAUAUGUUGUGCAUAACAGCCUUUGAAAAGCCUUGUUUUAAUAUAAAUACUCAACUUUUUUUCAAAUGUAUGUGUAUCUAUAUAUAAAUAUAUAUAUAUUAUAAAGAAUAUAUGUAUAAGUGUAUGUUGGGCUAGAACAAUAUGAGAAGAGGUGAAAAACUAUGCUAUAUAUAUAUAUAUAUAUAUAUAUAUAUAGUAUAUCUUGGUGACUGUUCUGGUCCUGCCGUUUUUAUUUGGAUCUGCUCUCUUUCCACGAUCUUCAACUAGCCUUAAUGCAGGGCUUCCGUUCACAAGGAAUCUGAGCAAACAAAAAAAAACAGUGCUCUACUAAAGAGUGAUGUGAACUGAAGGUCUGUAUCAAUUUGGUUUGGAGUCUGCUGUAACUGUUAACAAUUUGAGAUUUUCUGUGAAUGCUGCCCAGUAACCUUCAGUCACUGCCUUGCUCCCUCUAAAGUAUGAACUUUGACUCAACUGGUUUCCUAUUUUUUUGUUUGUAAUUUCUUUCCACUACAAGCCUGCCCUAAGUUGAAGUAUCCCGACUGAAGUAAUUGUUUUUUUUAUUGGUUAAAGCCACAAUAUGUAAGAUUUUAGAUUAUAACCACUAGAGGUCAUUAUUUUACAAUUUUACAACUUGAUAAAGGAUUGUGGAAUGAUGGGAGAUUGUUUUCACCAUCCAGAGAUGUAUGGAAUUUGCUCCGCAUGUUCAUGGAUGAGGUAAUGAAUUGUAAUUGCGUAGUUUCUAUAAUCGAGAACUAAAGAUAAUAAGUAACUAAAAGUGUGACAAUUACAAGGGAAAAGCCAUUAUUUAAAAUGGGAAUUUACGCGUCCUUAAGUACACAACUGUGCAAGUGGUUUAUUACAAAAUCUUACAUAUUGUGGCUUUAUUGUAACUUGGGGUCUGUGCAUUGUGUGGACUCUUGGGGUCUAAAAAGCCUCAGUUUUGUGCCUUCAAGCUUACUGUAGCUUAAUGUGUAGUUUCAGGCAAGGGGCAGAACAACUGGUCUAGCGUACAUAUAGGGAAUUCGUUUUUUUAUCUCAGGGUAUACUUGGUGUUUUCCUGGUCUCAAAACCUCUGCAUCUGCCUCUGGUAAAUAUCGUUUCCAAAAAACAAACAAAAGACAAAAAAAAGUAUACAAAGUUUAUUUUGACUUUUAUACAGCAUCCUGUAUUAUAUUCUGUUUUUAUUUAUGUCUUUGUAAAACUUCAGCAGUAUUGUAAUUUGAAUGUUGGUACGACAAAAAUGAACAGACAAACUAUUUUAAACUGAUAAGCUAAGGAAAUCAAACAACAAAACACAAAUGACUGAUCCGUUUUUUUCAUAUUUGUUUAUUGUGGAUUUAUGUUACUCAAUGUUGUGUUUUGGGAGAUAAAGUCUGUUAUUUUUCCAGAUGCUUGUAGCAGACCCUUUUGAAUACUCUGUGGACUGUUAAAUGGUAGAGAUUAAUCGCAGCAAAACGGAUGGCUGCCAAUAACCGUUUUUACAUAUUUGCCAAUCAACAGAAUGGGGAUGUACACAAAACCAAAAAAUGUAUAUUAACUCGAAUGUUAUGAUUAGAUUAAAUCAACUCAAGUCUUGGGAGACUUUGGAAUGCUUUCUCGUUUAAUAUCAAUGCUUGUAUGUUGACAAAUGGUCGUGAAUGUGUGAAAGUGUCCACUCACCUAAUGUUUACUUGUUGACUGACUUUAUCAAAUGCAGGAUAGAGCUCGAAACAUUUCGGAGCUGACUUCUGCUUGAAUGAGACUAAGUGGAAGACAAACUCUUCCGCUAUGAUUUAUUAAAGGCAGUCGGGAAUGCAAUGUGUUUUUACUUGUUUUACUUUCUUUUGGUGCCCAAAGUUCUUGUGAUUGAGUAAUGGCUUUUUUACCUGACAUCUGCAGUAGUGGCGUAGUAGUAAACAUGAAUAUUAUGAAUGAAACUGAGCAUGUCUUUGUGUGUUGAAUGCGUUGAUGUUUAUGAUAUCUGUGUGUUUUAAGAAAAAAAAGUUUCUUCAGAGUUUUGUACAAAUUGGAGUAUUUUUUUCUAAGUAGCUUUUUCCUCAAUAAAAUCUUCAUUUUUUCCCCUCGUGCUAGUUAGAAACCAUGGGAGUGAUGUAAAUGCACAGCAAUAAAACCUUAACAUUUACAGUAUGUGAAAAAAUUAAAAUUGAAUAUGAAGCUGUGGUGAUAGUUUCUUGUGAAAAGUGAAUUACUGUAGAUAACUGUCAAAAUGUGUUGUUUAACACCGGUUGUAUGUGUGUAUAAUUACUAAUAGGACGUCAUUGCCUGCUGUUUCAAAUUGUAUAAUACUUUAAAUAGUUAUGUUCCUAUUUUUAAUGGUAACACGUUACAAUAAGGUUGUGUUAGUUAACAUUAGUAGCCUCUAAAUGCAUUACCUAACAUGAACAAACAAUUUUCAACAUAUAUUAAUUCUUGUUAAUGUUAGUUAAUUUCAAUAAAGUUAUUUAAUAUGUUAGGUCAUGAUGCAAUAAUUAAUUAAUUUUAUAAAUGUAGGGCUAUUAGUAGGCUACAUGCAGAAAUUAACAUGGACUGAGGUAAAUAAAUGCUGUUGAAGUAUUGUUUAUUGUUAGGUUAUGUUGCAUUAACCAAUUGUUAACAAAUACAACCAUAUAUGCAUUGAGAUGUUUUAGCUAACAUUUAUUUGUUCACAUUAUUUUAGUGUUUUGUGAUUCCCUGAGACGUUUUUACUCAACUGAGAUAUAUGAGGCUUAUCAAUACAUUUAAAAACAAAGCUGUUUUGUUGUUCCAGGAUUGAUAUUGAUAUAUGGUAAUGCUACAGGUUAACAUUAGUUAAAGGGG